AUGGAUUCCCGAUGCAGACGCGACUUGCAAGCGAACUCUUAUCACAAUUGUCAACUGUUGGUCGAUACUACUAUAAACCGAAUGAGUAGUCUUGAGGACUGUGUGCUUGGCGAGAGAAGACAACCUCAUGCUACCACAAGCGAAUCGAGCCCAGUUUGGGCUGUUUUGACAAGACUGUGUCUGUUCGUUUGCGUGGGACAGACAAGUUGCGAAAUGAUCUGCUCUGAUGCCAAGUCGUGUAGACAUCUGCUGUCGGCACACGAGCACAGAAAGUGGAGAUUUUAUGCUCAACCGUCGAGGUUCAAGGAGCGCGAAAUAAUGGUCCGAGGUCGCACGGAGGGUGGAAUCAUCUUGCUCGAGAAGCCAAAGAGCCGAGACCUGCCCUCCGGACUCGAGCAAGUCUCGUCGCGACACGCCUGCCCCCAAAAGGAUACCAAAUCCAAGUCUGUUUGUCCGGUCGUCUGUGCGUCUUGGCGUCAUGGGGUCGUCUGCCGGAGUAGUCGUGGCAAUGUACAGCAUUGA